CUAAUAUUUAGAAAUUAAUUUAUAUAUUUUUUUAUAAAAGAUAGUAUUUUUAUAAAUUUUAUUUGAAUUAUUUAACAUCAUGUUUAUUUUAGUCUUUUUGUCAAUUUUGACAACUUAUCAGUUUUUACAAACCAAACACAUAACUAUUAAUUGAUAGGUUAAAAGCACAUUUAUCCAAACACGUUAUCAACUUAAACACUACACAACUUUUAUGCUAACCGUUAAUUAAUUUAAAAGCUACAAUUAAAAACGGCAAGCCAAACAGCCUCUUAGCUCAAUUGGGCCUAUCUCGGUCCUCACUGCGAUUGCUUCGUAGUUUCUUUUGUGGGUCUGUGUCUUUUCUGGUAGAGCCUUUUGUUGUUCGGAUUUGUAUAAGAUCAUCUGUUUGCUAGGGUUUUUUUUUGCUUCAGUAACGUUUCUUUGCUUCUUUCGUUGUGCUUUGUUUGUCUUAUACUUAUUUACUUUCAGGGGUUUGACAGUUCUCUCCAUGAAAUUUUGUUGGUUUUGUUCAAAAUCCCAUUGGAAUUUGAAUUCAUUACCUCAAUGGUUUAACGGCUUCUUAUUAUAUUCCCCUCGAUGAGUUAUAAUCUCUCGUCGUCUGUGUAUGCUUUCGCUUUUAUGAAUUGUUCCUUUUUCUUUAUAUGGAGCUGGAUGUUUUUUCAAACGUCAGAUCCAUCUGUUUUAUUCCUAGCUCUCAUAGCUAUGAUAAGAAUUCAUGAGAACCAAGCAAGACGGAGAGCAUGAGGUGGGUGGGGAAAUUGGCAGAGUGAGGGAUGCACUUCUUCAAAUUGUGCUGCGACUUUGAGAUGCCAUCUUAAAAGAUAGGGAAGGAGGUUGCAACCCUUCUUCUGGUACUGAUUCUUUGUAUUCUGGUGCCCCUGCCCUUUCAAUGCCUCCAGUUUUGUCUAUUCCUCUUUUGAGUUAUGAGGAGAGGACUGAAAAUGGGAAUGGAUUGCACAUGCUUUAUUCGAGCAGUCUCGAUAGCUAUGGAUCUCUAUCGAUGGGCGACACUGAUUAUGGAUCUUUGUCUUCAUACUCAUCAAAGCUAUUGCCUCCUCCAUCAACUCUGGAGAUGAUCGUUCCUGCUCAUGCAGUGGGUAAAGUUAUGGGAAAAGGCGGGGCUAAUAUUGAUAACAUCUGCAAAAUAUCUGGAGUUGUUUUAGAGAUCUCUGAUUCAAAUUGUUCUUGGGGUGAUCGUGUGGCUCUAAUAUCUGGCACAUCUGAGCAGAAGCAUACAGCUGGUCUGCUUCCCAACUGGACAUUUCGGCUGGAGAAAUAGUUCUGCUGAUGAGACAAGUUUUGAUCACUGCGAAUGUGAGGAAGGCCAAGAGUGAGAGAAAUAGCAUUGCCAUGGUAUGUUCUGCUGAUGAGACAAGUUUUGUUACAAUUACUUUAUCUUUCCAGCGGACUGCAUCUUAGGACUGUAGCAGCAGUUCCAGCAUACUGCAUCAUAGAUGCAGUAUGCAGUCCGCCAGAUAGCGAACUGCAUCUCGGUGCGGUUUGCAUCUUAGAUACAGUCCGCCUAGUGUGGGCAGACUUCAAUACAGAUGAAGUCCGCCCGUUUAGUUCGAGGCAAGGCGGCAAUUUUAAGAUGAUGAUAUUUUUAUCAUUUGAUGCUUUUAAUCAUUCUGUGCGUUAACUAAUUCAGGCAAAGUAAAAUAAUCCAUAAAUGAAAUAAAAUAGAAGGAGAAUGCAAAGAGAAUACAUUGAUUACAUUCAAUAGUGUGCUGCCACCUGAGUGUCAUAAUUGUCAUUAUUCAUUUUUAUAAUCAAUUUUUUUUUGUUUUGGAAAUGUGUACCUUUAAUGUGUUUGGCAGUAAUUUUAGGUGGAAGUUUUAGGAGGGAAGCAUACGAGCGAAGACUUGAAAUUUUUAUAAAGUUAAAAUUGUCUUUUUGUUUUGUUUAAUAUAAUUAAAAUAAUAUACAACAAGCAUUAAAUGUCUUUCUAUCCGGAUAGAUUUUAUCCAAAUAAAUUUAUCGAUUCUUAUAAUGAUUGUGGUUGUUGUCAAAAGGUAUUGCCUUAAUGAUAACGUGCUAUUCGGUCCUUGAUUGAAUUUAUUUCAUUUUGCCAGAAACUUAGGUCGGUCAUGUAUAAUAUUGAGGUGGAUUGGAAUUGUCGGGG